CUCACGCGGUUAUGAGUUUCCUUCGUUUAUCGAUUUAUCCACGCAAUCGUCCGAUCGGUACAAGUGAUCAAUCAUUAUUUCGUCCGAUCAGUAUACAUUUAUACGUCUUACUUAUCGACCGAUGAUCGAUUUACAAAAUUAUUCGAUGACUACAACGCGACAUUUCCACAUCGAUUGAUAUGUUAUAGUUUUUUCUAUUUCACUUGAAGAAUACUUCGUAUAAUAUCGAUUCGAUUUGUGAAGUCAUAUAUACAAGAAGUUAGACCGUCUGUUAGAUACGCAAAAAGGUCGCUGGUCGAGGUUGCAGGCACACCGAUAUUCAAGACGCAGCAUUAUCAUUUACGAUUACACAAGUCGGGAAUCUGUCGAAUGAAAGAACCACAUUGCGAUUUAGGAUAGUGUUAUAUAUGAUCUAUAAUUUUAUAAAUUUUUAAACGUUAUCUCGAAAAAUUGUUCUCGAAGAUAAAUCACAAAAUUUAUUUUAUUAUCACGAUAUUACUUCGAAAAUAUUGAGAUCCGUAUGAUCGAUCAAUAGAAUUGAAGAAUAUAUUCAUUUCAUGAUAUUUAAAAUUCAUAAAGCGAAUAUUCAAAACGUUUAAAAGGAUUUCCAUAUUGAAAUUGUGCAUGUCAAGUUUUGAAUAUAUCGAGAUCGAAUGCACAAGAAUACUUGUCAGAAGCAACACCACGCACAAAGUAUCGGGAGUGUUUCGAAAGUUCUAAUUUUUUCCUGCCGGUAUAAACAGCGACAUCGUCGUGUUCACUUGUCGUAACCGUUUCCCCUCUCUGUGUGAAACUGUGACGCAGCCCUCUCUCCUUUCCACGCGCUUCGCAUUCCCGGUCGUUUCCACUUCUUUUCGACGGACCACUUGGUUCGACGUGUCCUGGACGACAAUUUUAUCGGUCAUCGAAAGGCUAUGCGUCCACAACGAUUCGACCGUCAGCCAACGACGUCUUUAUCUACCUCGUGCACACGAAUGAUGCUUCGUUUUUUGAGUUUUUCGACAAGAAGACGCGUGUCCCUUAAGGAGAAGCUCAACGACGUGUAAUCGUGUGCAUACUGAUUGAAGUUCCUAUCGAAGAAAGUUCCCAAAUCCUUUAUAUUGGAAAAUUAUCAUUAUAAUUACACCAUACUGUAUUUCUCGUUCGAUCGUCACACAUGAUAUCUAGUUUCUUGGUUAUAAGCAGACGAGAAGAUAUCGAUAGAAGGAAACACGAUCUUGCCAUUGUUGAUUGCAAAUUCAUGGGUUUUAUGAAAUAUCAUCGACAAUCUGGGAUUAUAGAAUAGAAGAUUGCUGGAGAGAAUAGCAAAUGGAUAUAGAAAUCGUUCUUUAGACGUGUUGAGAAAGGAGACUUGGAAAAAAGAAAGAAAGAAUAUUGAGUGUGUGUAUAUGUCAGUAUAUGUAUAUCUGUAACGGCUAGUACAAGCGUGUGCUCGUUUUUUUUCUUCCUUUUCUUCUUUUUUCGUUCUUUCGACGCGUGUUCGUACGACAGAGAGCAACGUGUGUGUGAUCGCGAGUGAUCGUCAAGAACAUGGGAGUUCUGUUGGUAUCGGAUGGCACAGCGGCGGUUCAACCUCGUAUGAAUUUGAACACUGUUAAAGCUGCGGGAGCGCAGCGUGCGAUCGACGUUGGUAACGAGACGAAUAACAAUGUAAACGGCCUGAGAGACGCGAAUAGUCCGAUGCCGACGCAGGUCGUCGGUAUAAUCAACGUGGUCAACGACGAGCCGGUGCGCAGCUGGAUGCCACCUCCACCUAAGAAAAAAUGGAUACGACAUUAUCUGCUCGAGGAGGAGCCGUUGGAAAAUAAUAGGACGAAUGGAAAUCACACGGCGAGUUCCCGAGGUAGCCCCGUGAUCUCAAGCACGCGAGUAACGCCACCCUCGGCGAGCGCGAACUCGGCUCAUCUGACCGCCCUACACUCCGCGUCGCACCACCAUUUAUCUCAUCACCAGCAACAGCAGCAGCAACCGGCGCAGCAGCAGCAACUGCAACAACAGCAGCAGCAGCAGCAGCAGCAGCAACACCAGCAGCAGCAACAUCACCAUCAUCAUCACCAUCACAACAAUCACAACAGUACUCAUAAUCCUUACGUGGAAAAUCAUAAUUCGAAUCACGCGCAACAGAAUGCUGGCAAUCUCGUCGUCGACGUUGAACCGAGCCACGACAAUAAGAAACAUCGAAAUGGACCGUGCGUAAUCCGUUCUGGCACCAGAGAAGUGCAUAACAAAUUGGAGAAAAAUCGAAGGGCGCACCUGAAAGAAUGCUUCGAAUUGUUGAAGAGACAACUUCCGUCACAAGAAGAGAAAAAAUCGUCGAAUCUCUCGAUUCUUCAUGCUGCGAUCAGGCAUAUACAUAUGUUGAAAAGGAAGGAACGUGAUUAUGAACAUGAAAUGGAAAGGCUUGCCAGAGAAAAAAUUGCUGCUCAACAGAGAUUGUUAGCUCUGAAGAAAGAACUUGCUGCUACGUGGGAUCAUAUUGAUUUUAAUACUCUUUUACCAGAACAGAAUUCGGUUGCCGAUAUAACGGCUACGAGAAGUGUUUCAGAAAACAUGGAGGUUGAUGUGACUGGACUUGCUCGAGGUGGUACAAGGUAUAGUAGUACCAGCAGUCUGAGCAGCGCAGCCACGGUCAGUUCACCACAGACACUUCAAACCACUAGUACGACUUCCAAUAUUCAUAAUCAAGUUGCCACCGCAGCCGUAGUCUGCCAAACGCAAGGAAUGAAUCUUGCACCAAGUUCUAGGGAAAGUCCACCUGCGAGUUCAAGUCCUGGAUCAUCCGCACCUAGCAUUCCUACUCCGGCACAGGAGAAAGUUAAUACUUCACCAACGGGUAUAGUACAGCAGCCGCACCAGCUGCACUUACCGAUCAACGCUCAGAUAUUGAACACGAGUCAAGGUUUACCAACUAUCGUCCCAACGCUUCAACACAUCGGACCGAGUUUGAGGGUGAUACCUGGUGACACAAGGCAACUUCUGGUUACUCACACAGCUGGCAAUAACGAGUCCAGGCCGCUCACGUUAGCCGUACAAAAUUCGUCGGAUCAAUCGAGGCCGCUCAUUGCUGUGCAAUCGAACACUGGAAGUGAGCCAAGGCCCGUAGCGCUGGUCGUUCACUCGUCCACGGCCAACGACAACAGGGUAACGAUCGUGCAUUCUAAUCUAUCCAACAACGACAGGCCGUUGGCCCUAGCCGUGCAGUCGUCCGCCAAUGACGUCAGGCCAGUUACAUUUGUGCAUUCUGCAAACGAGGGAAGGCCUUUAGUUCUUGCUGCGCAUUCUCCUGCAUUGAAUGUGUCAAAUGCUCAAACAAGGAUAAGAGCAGGAGAUGCGCAAACCACGCAUAAAAUGGUUGGUGGUGUGACAUUGGUAGGCGGAAAUGGAUCGGAAUUGACCAGACUUCCCGGUGGCGCUGAAUUAAACAUACUCCCUGCAAAUGGAUUGACGCUGAGCCACACAGGAGUGUCGCUUCAAACCACAACAGGUAAACCAGGUUCGACAGUGAUGCAAAACGCUCCGUCCACAGAGGGUAUAGCUCACAUCGUUGGUCCGCACACACCCCUUUCCGGUUUGACACCAAUUGUCACGCCGAUGACCGUUGUUUCGCAAGGAAAUCAAGUGACUGCUCAUAUCCUAGCCCCCUCCAGCCUUGCGGGCAAAAUGAUAACCACCCCAAUUUUAAAAUCUGUGGCACAAAUGCCGAUCGUGAACGCUCAGUAUAUCAAUACAACCACUCUGGUGAAGCCUGUUGUUGUCGUAAGUUCACCGUCAACAUCUACACCACAAUCGACGACGGCUUCCAGUACACAACCUUCCUCGACCACACAUUCGACCGUCUGACAGAAUCAAAAGAAAGUGAAACUAGCUUGAGGAAUGGCUAGAGUUCUGUGUAUCGAAGCACGAAAUUGCGGAGAUUACGGAAUAUCGGUACAGAUGUCCAUGUUUUGUUAUUAUUUAACGCGCCUCGCGUGUAUAGAAUCAACGACUAUACACGACCGAUACAACGUGUUGAUGGGAGAUAAAAUAUAAAAAUGGCAAUUAGCAAGAAUAGAUACGAAGAAGAGAAUUCUGCCCGUCAUGCUAUUCCCGACAUCGAAGGAGAAUUUCUUAUUUUUUAAAAAUUCAAUUGCGUUCCUUCGUGUUUUGAAUUUUGAAUGUUUAUGCUCUUCAAAGAGCGAGAGGACUGAAAUGUAGUAGUAAAGGUGUUAAAAAUGCCGUUGCUCAACUCGUGCGAUUGUGCAUAGUACCUCGAAUGCUUUAGAGAAGUACUUAUCGGAGGCAAAGUUUGAUUGGAAAUUGAAUAGACGCAAGCGUCAUAAAAAUUAAUAUAAUAAGGCAGCUUCAAAUGAAAAUAAUUUUCUUCGCUUUAUUCAGAUGCAACGAAAAAGAAGAAGGAACCACAUUGAUGAUAAAAUUUUUCAAUGUGAGCAUUUAAUAUUUAUUGUAAAUUCAAAAUUUCAAUGGUUUAUUUGAUGAAUUAUUUUUUUUCUUUUUUUUUCAUUUACAACAAACUACCGGGAAAUGGAAUGAUCUUAUGAUCGUGUUAUAUAUUAUCUGUCAAAAGAUUUCUUUCAGAAAUUAAUUCAGAUUAUAUAUCUUAUAUAUAUAUAUAUAUAUAUAUAUAAAAGAUAUAUAUAUUUUGAAUGAAUUCUAUUGACAGAUGGACCCAUUUGGACUCGUAAUACUGGAAUAUUGUUUGCAUGAUUUUUAAAUUGCUUGACCGCAGAGUAUGAGAGAUUUAUAUUGUUUUUUUUUUUUGGUAUCUUAUUGAUGAAGUUCAACAAAGAAGAAACUAAACGACUGUGUUUAGAUAGAAUGAUGUUUAAUUAAAGAAUUGUAUGAUAUAUAAGAUUCGUUUAAAUGUUUGAAAUUGAUCGAAAUCUUGAAAUUGGAUGGAUGAUAAAUAUGCUUGUGCUUUUAAAUUAAUCAUAUAUAUUAAAUAGUGGCUGUGGAAAAACGUUAAUCGUUUACGCCUAUAAUUUACUUUUGGAUAUUAGAUGAUAAAUUGAAUUUCCAUUGCGUAGAAUAUGCAUAUUUUUCGUUUUUCUUUUUUCUACAUAUGUAGACUGUGCUCAAGUAUUUAUUCGUUUCUAUUUAUUUUACAAAAUGCAACAAUGAGCAUAAGCAAAACUUUUGUCUUGGCUUCGUAAUUUUGAUAUUUUUAUCUGGUUCAUUUCAAAAGAGCAUUCAUUUGUGAUCUUUUUUUUUGUUGAAGAGCCAAACGAAAGAAAAAGAAAGAAACGAAAUAAGGAAAAAUGUUACAUAAAAGUGAGUAACCCGCAAAGCACUUAUACAUCCUGUGGACGCCGGAUCAAUUGUAAUCUAAAAUAAUUAUUAUUAUUUUACUCAGGAAAUUUUUUCACUUUUGUAUAUCGUACCAUAUAAAUAAUUGCAAUAAUAUAUUUCCAAUAAGUUUCAAUAAUUAUUUCAUUCUAUAAAAACAGCUCAUAUAGAAAUGGCAAACAAAUAAAUAUGUAAUCUAAAUUAAAUAUAUGCAUAUGCAGUUUUCUCCAUAAAAUUGUAAUAAAUUAUGCUAGCCAAAGAAUUCUGUAUUAAAAAUAAGAAAAAUUAUUAUGAUUCCAAUAUUGUAAAUAUACUACAACUUGAAUUAGAUAGAAAUAGAAAAGUAUGGAUGGAUUUUUGGUGAUUUGGCGUCCACUAGACAAGGGUUAAUUAUAUAGUAUUCUUGUUUCUGAAAAAAAAAAUGUGUAUAUACUUGAAUUUAAAUCGCAGAUAUUAUAUUUUGCAUAAUAUUUUUCUGCAAGUGUUCAGAUGAACGAACGGGAUAAGAAAGGAAAGCUUCUGAUUCGCGUUGCAAGAGGAAACCGGAAUUAUUGUAUACGUACAUAUUAUUAUCGUACUAUUUUAAAUUAAUUUUUCUAUGCGUAAAGUAAAAAGAAAAAAAUAAGUGAUUUAUGUUUCAUCUUGCAAUAUUAAGCUUUUUGAGCUUUCAUUCGAUAUACUCGAUAUGAGACCGUUAAUAGUGGUUCAAUUGUGAAUAGUUUAAAUGGUAUAAAAUACAAUGUUUAUAAUUACAUGAACAUCUUUUCAAAUCAUUUUACGAAUGAUUGCUGACAAUUUUACAAUUCUCGUCGUUCGAAAUUUCAUUUUAAUAUUUGAAACUUAUCAAAUCUUGUUGCAGAAAGUACAAAAAAUAAGCUCUCUCUCAUGAUCACAAAUUUAUUUCUUCCUUUUGUUUUACAUAUUCUUCCAUAAAUUCACUUUUGUAAUAUAAAUAAUUCCUUUUUUUUUUUAAAUUUUUGGAAAAAAAAUUGAAACAAAUUUUUUCUACUGAGAUAAUGCAGUGAAAAUAUAAUACAAAAAAAAAAAAAAAAAAGUAGUUUCAAAUUUGAGAACGACACAAAAGAGUCAUGUGUUUGAAAGCGUUGUAAUUGGAAUUUUUAUACGUAUGUGUGUGAAUGUAUGUAUGUAUGCAUGUGACUGUUAACGGUCUCUUUCAGAAUUUGUACAUUAGUAUUAUUAUUAACUUGUAUUUGCGUAUACAGACAUAUAUAUAUAUAUAUAUUAUCUUUUUUUUUUAUUUUUUAAAUUAUUUAAUCAAAGGCUUUUUUUUGGUCAGUUUAAAUGCUGAUUAUGUAUGUAAUAUGCGUGGGCGUUGUGUCUCCUUGCGGAAAUUCGUUGAAGGAUUUAUUAAGUUAUUGUUUAGCGGAGAGUAAUAUUAUUUUCAAGAAAGGGAUUAAACAUCUAGGACUUCGUGAAUUGUUAUCCUAUUUUAGAAACGUUGGAAACGUCACCAAAUGUGCUUUAACGCGUUCAUUAUACAACAGAUUUUAUCACUAUUCGAAAUUAGAUCACGUAUGGCUGUAAUUGUAAUUAUAUCAUUAUAUUAUACUAUAUAAUUAUAGUAUUACUAUAUAGUGUAUUAUAUAAUACUAUAAUAUACUAUAAUGUUAUAUAAUAUACUAUAUAAUAUUAUACAUAA